AUGAAACACUACGGCGAUCGGUGUCCUCGUGUCCCGUGUCCGGCUCUAGCCAGCCCAGCUUUGUUCUGGCUUGGCUUUGCACACGCCCAGCGAGUAACCGAAAGAGGCCGGAGUCGCGGCGGCGGCGGCGGGUUCAGAAAUGUUUCUUUCUUGCAUCUGCAGAGAACCCGCCAAGGGCGCGAGGUUGGAAGGCCUCAUGGUGGCCGGGGUGGCUUUCGACGAGGAACAAAAAGGUCAGACGCACCAACCCGCGGCCCGCUCAAGCUAAAACCUCGCCGGAAAGGCUUUCUUCCCUUCAAACUACGCGAGACGCGCCUGCGUGCUGGGCGGGCGGGGCGUUCUCGAAGGAGACGGGUGCCCAGAGAGCGCCAAGGAGAGUGCGCCUGCGUGCUGCUGAGAGGCGGGCCGUCCUGGGUGGAGGUGACGUCCGGAACGGAAGACGUGCCCGCGUGCUACGGGUCAGAAGAAGGCUUUGGAUCCCUUGGAAUUGAGACAAAUUUGGACCACCUUGUGGGCACUGGGAAUCAAAUCUGGGUCUUCUGGAAGAACAGGUCAAAGGAUUCUGAUACUACUACACGGGUAGAAGGAAUGGCCUUGAAGGUAGAAAUUGGUGUCCAGCUGUGGCAAAGAGGUGAAACUUCCUAUAGACACAAGGAACCAAAUUCUGUGAAUAACAGAGAUGAGGCUGGAAACAGAUUCUUCCUCCCUUGGGCCCUGAGAGGAACAUGCAGCCAGUUGAUACCUGAUCUCAGUCUUCUGAAACUUCAGGCAAGAGACCCAGCCCUGCUAUACCAAACUUGAACCAACAGAACUGUAAAGAAUACAUGGCAUCACUAUAGUUCACAAAAUUUGGGGUGUUGUCAAUCAUUGGGUAAAGGAGUGACCUGUAACAGUCUUGCUAUGUGAGAUCCAAAGAGCAAGAAAAAUAAAUACAUUGAUCGACUGUGUCAAUAAACAAUA